AUGGUGUCACCAGUAGUACAGCCAGGUUGUGCCAGCACUAAGUGCACCGAACGUGCCACCAUUAGUGUCAUCAGUAGUGCCACCGGUAGUGGUCACCAACUGCCACCAGUAGUGCCACCAGUGGUACAACCAGUUACUAUCGGUAGUGCAGCAGUACCCAAUAGUGCCACCUGGUGCCACCGUUGCCACCAGCAGUACCAGCAAGUUGUGCCACCAGUAGUGCCACCAGUAGUACCGCCAACUGCCAGUAGUGCACCAGAGUACCCAGUAGUGCAUCAAGUUGUGCCACCAGUGAUUGCCACCAGUAGUGCCACCGGUAGUGCCACCAAUAGUGCCACAGUAGUGCCACCAGUAGUGCCAACGGUACCCGCAAGCUGUGCCACCAGUAGUGCCACCAGUAGUAACGCCAAGCUGUGUGCCACCAUUAGUGUCACCAGUAGUACAACCAAGUUAUGCCGUAAAUUGGUGCCACCAGUAGUGAUACCAGCAGUACCACAAGUUGUGCCACCAAUAGUGCACCAACAGUUGCCACCAGUAGUGCCAUCGUUAGUGUCCCCAGUAGUGCCGGUAGUACCAGUGGUACCACAAGUUGUGCCACAAUAG